AUGGCGCCCGCAUCUAAAGCGAGGGGACGUCCCAGAAAGGUAGCUAACUUGGACAAAAGCACAACUUCUUCGCGAGCUACCUCUACCAGUACAAGAAGAUCACUCCGCAAUGCGAUUGACGGAUUAUCCGUUCUUGAUUCCACCCCCAAAGGGUCUGCGCUUUCUGCUGUCGACGGUGACGACAACUCUUCCAUGUCCUCUGAAUUUCCUCCAGUUGCCAUGAUUCCUCAGCGGAUGAGCGCAAGAAAGGCCAAUGCAGGAACCAGUCGGGACUCCUUAUCAUCGGUUUCCACAUCGCACGAUUACGAGGAAGCAAGCGGAUAUUCAACACCAGGGACAAGUGCUGUUGCGACGCCAAAACCAGAACCCAAGCCUACAUCCACACGAAGAGGUCGACCAUCAGCGAGUAUGUCAGCUCCGACCUCAGGGCUUAGUAUGGUAGCCAAAGCAGCGGCUCUUCGGAAUAGCAAAUUAUCUCUAGGCAAGCGCAAAAGAGUCGCAGAUUCGGAUGAGGAAGAAGAUGAUGACAACACCCCCGAUGCUCAGCUGGCCAGGGCUCUCCAGGAACAAGAAGAUGCUAAAUCUUCCGGAAUGCAUGGUAUGGAUCUAGAUAUGCCGUCUUCCUCAAGGACGACUUCAGCACGAAGGACUCCACGCAGAACCCAGAAGAUAUUGCCGAAAUCCGAGUACACAUACAGCGACGACGACGAAGAUCCCAUAAGCAUGACCACCACAUCACCCCAUUUUGCCAAGAAACCAAAGGUUGAGCUCUCUUCUCGGGGUGCAAAUGACAUCAAGUUUACUUCUCAAAGCUCCAAAUCCAAGAAAUUAGUCGUCGAUACGGAUGAUUCUGAAGAUGAUGGUUUUGAUGAUGCGUCAGAAAGCGAUUUUGAUGAAGAUGAUAUCCGGUCUGUGGCAACCUACGUCUCUGACAAUGUCUCUGACGACGACCUGCUUCCCCAACCAUCGCGAAAAGGAAAGCAAACUUCCUCCACAAAGAUUAAAACAAAAGGCCCUCAAGUCCGUAAGAGGCCAAUGAAAACUUCUGAUGAAGCCCUGAGAUCGAUAUUAGAAGCGACUGUAUCAAGAGCGAAGACCGGUGCAAGCUCAGGGGUGAAAUCUACACCAAAGUUGAAGCGAGACGAUACAAAAGGGUCUACAAGCUCUGCACUGAGUAGUCUAGGAUCGCUUGCGGUGACUGAGAGCGAGUACGACAGUGAUCUCAGUGCUCAAAUGCCUACAUUCAUCGCGGAUUUAAGUGACUCUGAUUCUGACGAUCUACCACUUGCUGCUCCAGCCGUACGUGGGCCAAAUCGAUCGCGUGCUGCAGCUCGUCAACGAAUCAAUGUGGCUGAAGCGCGACAUGAUCGUCGAGGCAGAAUGGAGCGUGCUCGGCUGGAGCUGCAUCAUCCUGAACUUCAUACCAUGUGGAAAGAACUUGAAGAUCUCCCAAAAAUUGGAGAUGUCUCAAUUGAACAGCCAAAGAACAUCAACCGAGAGCUCAAGCCCUUUCAACUUCAAGGUGUUGCAUGGAUGAUGGCAAUGGAGAAAACCGCUUGGGGAGGUGGUCUUCUCGGUGAUGAAAUGGGUAUGGGCAAAACGAUUCAAGCUGUUUCUCUUAUUAUGUCGGAUUUCCCCGCCUCGAAGCCAUCUCUAGUUUUGAUUCCGCCAGUUGCUCUCAUGCAAUGGCAGCAGGAAAUUGAAUCUUACACCGACGGCACUUUGAAGACGUUUGUAUACCACGGUACCAAUGCCAAAACCAAGGGCAUCUCACAAAAAGAGCUGAUGAAGUACAACGUCAUUCUCAUGUCUUACAACAGUCUGGAGUCAAUGUACCGAAAGCAGGAGAAGGGGUUCAAGCGUAAAAAUGGUAACCACAAGGAGAAGAGUCUCAUCCAUCAAAUAAGCUUUCACCGGGUCAUUCUCGAUGAGGCACACAAUAUCAAGUCACGUACCACGGGUUCUGCAAAAGCGUGCUUCGCCUUGAAAGCCGACCACAAGUGGUGUCUGUCAGGUACACCUCUUCAGAAUCGUAUUGGAGAGUUCUUUUCCUUAGUUCGCUUCCUGGACAUUCGACCCUUUGCAUGCUAUUUCUGCAAACAAUGUCCUUGUUCGAGACUCAAUUGGGAGAUGAAUUCGGAUAAUCGAUGUGUGGGCUGCAAUCACAGUGGUAUGCAACACGUCUCUGUCUUCAACCAGGAGCUCCUCAACCCUAUCCAGAAGUUCGGCAACAACGGCCCUGGGAAGGAGGCUUUCCGAAAACUCCGUAUUCUGACUGGUCGAUUCAUGCUUCGUCGUGUAAAGCGUGACCAUUCUUCUGCCAUGGAACUUCCAGCCAAGGAAAUCUACGUUGAUAGGCAAUUUUUUGGAGAGGAGGAAAAUGAUUUUGCUGGUAGUAUCAUGAAUAGUGGUACACGAAAGUUUGAGACGUAUGUCGCUCAGGGUGUACUACUCAACAAUUACGCCAACAUUUUUGGUCUGAUUAUGCAAAUGCGACAAGUUGCUGAUCACCCGGAUCUUAUUCUGAAGAAGAAUGGCGAUGGUGGUCAGAACAUUCUUGUUUGCUGUAUUUGUGAUGAGACUGCAGAAGAAGCUAUUAGGUCUACUUGCAAGCAUGACUUUUGUCGCGAGUGUGCUAAGAAUUAUCUCCGAUCGUCUGAUGCACCUGAUUGUCCACAGUGUCACAUCCCGCUUAGUAUAGAUCUAGAGCAACCGGAUAUUGAGCAAGAUGAACAGCAAGUUAAGAAAUCAUCAAUCAUUAACAGAAUCAAGAUGGAGAAUUGGACAAGCAGUUCCAAGAUCGAACUCCUCGUGCACGAUUUGUGGCAACUGCGUUCGAAGAACAGAUCCGUCAAGUCCAUCAUCUUCAGUCAAUUCACAACCAUGCUUCAACUAGUCGAAUGGCGUCUCCGUCGCGCAGGAAUCACCACCGUCAUGCUCGACGGUUCCAUGACCCCCGCCCAGCGACAAGCCUCAAUCAACCACUUCAUGACAGACGUAAAUGUCGAAUGUUUCCUCGUCUCCCUCAAAGCCGGCGGUGUCGCCCUCAAUCUCACAGAAGCAUCCCACGUCUUCAUCGUCGACCCCUGGUGGAAUCCAGCUGCCGAAUGGCAGUCCGCCGAUCGCUGCCAUCGUAUCGGUCAAGCACGUCCUUGCUCCAUCACGCGACUGUGUAUUGAGGAUUCUGUCGAGAGUCGAAUGGUGCUGCUCCAGGAGAAGAAGGCCAAUAUGAUUAAUUCGACGAUUAAUUCGGAUGAGAGUGCGAUGGAGAGUUUGACGCCGGAGGAUAUGCAGUUUUUGUUCCGCGGUACCUAG